AUGAAGACAUCAAAGGAUAAUAAUAAUUUGUCACAAAAUCCCUCAUGGAAAUUCAUAAAUGAGAGUGGGGAAGAAAGUCCUAUAGAUCUUGUUAAGACACAUUCUUUAAACCAAAACAGGCAAAGUACCGAGUUAAGUUUUAUUGAUUUAUAUUAUGAUGAAAUGAGCUCGAAUAUUGACGGGAAGUCACCUCGUUCAUCUCAGCUUUCAGAACCACCAUCACCUAUGACCAUACGAACGCGCCCUACUUCGAUACAUGACCCUCAUGGAUUUGAUAGGUACGGCUUUAAGAAACAAUCAAGUUUUGUCUCUGAAGCUGACUAUAAUAAAUGGUGGAAUGAAUAUUCUCAAUAUUGUGAAAGGCGUAAACAUAAAUGGGAAGUAUUUUUUGAAAAAAAUGGGUUAGCUAUCUUCAAUGACUCUCCAACAGAAUUUCCUCCAGAGAGUGAGAAAUUGAGACGAUUUAUUCGAAAGGGUAUUCCCUCUGAAUGGAGAGGUGAUGCUUGGUGGUAUUUUGCCAAUGGUAAAGAAAUAUUGGAUCAAAAUGAAGGUAUAUAUGAGAAACUAUUGAAAAAAUUUGAUACACUAAAAAGGGAAGGAACCAAACUUACUGAUCUUGAAACCAUUGAAAGAGAUCUUAAUCGAACUUUUCCAGAAAAUAUCCAUUUCCAUAGAGAGCAAUUCCAAAAGGAUGAGCCAAUAAUAAUUCAAUCUCUUAGGAGGGUCCUUAUUGCAUUCUCCCUUUAUGAUCCUCAUAUUGGUUAUUGUCAAUCAAUGAAUUUUAUUGCAGGUUUGCUAUUAUUAUUUAUGGAGGAAGAAAAAGCAUUUUGGAUGUUGGUAAUUAUUACUUCAAAAUAUUUGCCGGGCGUACAUUCAGUAGAUUUGGAAGGUGUCAAUGUUGAUCAAGGUGUAUUGGUUCUUUGUAUACGUGAAUAUUUACCAGAGUUGUGGUCACAAAUUGAAGAAUCGUACAAUCACAGCAAGGGUGAUGUGCACAAGAAUUGCAGCACCCCAAAUUUAGAUUCUAGUAACCAAACAAUACAAGAUAAAGAAGAUAAGGGUGAAACUGAUACCGCAAGCAAUGAGUUUCUGUAUAAACUUCCACCUCUUACUCUCAGUACAGCUAGUUGGUUUAUGAGUUGUUUUAUAGGGGUACUCCCGAUCGAAACCACUCUAAGAAUCUGGGAUUGUCUUUUCUAUGAGAAAUCACAUUUUCUAUUUAAAUCCUCAUUAGCUAUUCUUAAAUUAACUGAAGAGGAAUUGCAUCAUCGGAAAAAUUCAUCGUCUACCUUUGCCUUUGCUGUUCCCUUUGGUAAUACUGAAAAUGCUGAUACUCAUCUGAAUGAUAAGAGUAAUUCGCAGGACGAAAUUGAUAUGAAAAUGUUUCAUGUAAUCCAAACAUUUCCCAAGAAAUUGCUUGAUCCAAAUCAAUUAUUUGAAAAGAUCAUCUUUAAGAAAAAAAUUGCUUUAAAUAGUUUGGACCAGGAGGAGAUUGAUCAUUGUCGAGAUUUUGUUCGUUUACAAAGAGAAAAGUAUAAGCAUUUACAAGGUAAAUUGAGAGUAAAUACCAGUGUUGAUAUUCAUAGUGAGGAAAGUGGCAUACCAGCUGAUCUUCUUAAUGAAGAAAACAGUAAGGAUGUUUAUGGAUUUAAAAAGGAUCUAAAUGCAUUGAGCUGGAAUCAAAGCAUAAAAGGAAAAAUGAGACAGAUUAGAGGGCUUAAACAAUAG